AUGUGGUUCUCCGCGACGCUGGUGAGCGCCACGGCCACUGCCCUAUUCUCCUUCCAGGCCGCCGCCGCCAAUGGUCUAUCAAUCAGUUCCGACUCCGACAUCAAGUCCACGGCCAAGACUGUCGCCGGCAACCUCCUCAAGUACUACGAGGGCGAUGAAAAGGGCGAGAUCCCCGGCAUCCUGCCCGGAACGCCGCCGUCUGCCGGCAACUACUACUGGUGGUCGGCCUCUGCCAUGUGGGCGUCGCUCAUCGACUACUGGCACUUCACCGGCGACUCGUCCCACAACGACGUCGUCAUGAGGGGCAUGCUGUGGCAGGCCGGCGACGACCGCAACUACAUGCCGGCCAACUGGACCGCCGGCAUGGGCAACGACGACCAGGGCUUCUGGGGCAUCGCCGCCAUGACGGCCGCGGAGCGCAACUUCGCCAACCCGCCCCGCGACCAGCCGCAGUGGCUCGCGCUGGCGCAGAAUGUCUUUGAGAACCUCGCGCACCGCUGGGACGCGGAGACGUGCGAUGGUGGUCUGCGCUGGCAGAUUUUCUCCAUCAAUAUCGGAUACGAGUACAAAAACUCCAUCUCCACUGGUGUCCUGAUGAACCUCGGUGCUCGCCUCAAUCGCUACACCGGCAACAGCACGUUUGGCGACUGGGCUGACAAGGCCUGGGACUGGGUCGAGGAGACUGGUCUCAUCAAGGACGGUGCCAUCUACGACGGCGCGCACGCUCAGCUGAACUGCAGCGACAUCAACAAAGUCGAGUUUAGCUACAGCAGCGGCGUCUACAUUCUCGGCGCUGCCCACAUGUACAAUACGACCACCGACUCCAAGUGGAAGGGCCGUCUCGACAGCGUCCUCGAGCACGCUCUGAAAGUAUUCUUCGAGGACGGCGCCGCCGUCGAGGUUGCCUGCGAGUCCUUCGGCAGAUGCACCUCUGACAUGCUCUUCUUGAAGGGCAUCUUUGUGCAGAUGCUCGCCAGCGCCGCCCAGGUCGCCCCGUACAUUGCCGACACGGUGCUCCCCGUCCUUCAAAAGUCGGCUGAGGCCGCCGUCAAGUCGUGCGCCGGGCCCGACGACGCCUGCGGCUUCGAGUGGACCUCGGGCGAGUUUGACGACAAGGCCAACGCCGGUACCGAGUGCAACGUGCUGUCGUCCGUCGCGCCCCUCUUGGCCAAAGCGGGCGACGCGCCGUACACGGCCAAGACGGGCGGCAUCUCGUCCGGCUCGACCUCUGGGGGCAGCAGCGGCACCACCACCACCGGGGACAGCACCGCCGGCAGCAACAGCACCACCACCGGCAACGGUGGCGAUGACAGCGGUAACAGUGGAAAUGGCGGCAAGACCGGCAAGGAUGGCAGCGGUGACAAAAAGGGCGCUGCUACCAAGAUGGGCGGCAGCGUCGUUGUAGGUCUCGUGAUGGCCUGUGCCGUCGUCCUGCUUUUGUAA